AUGUCUCAGUCUCAGAAGAACGACCCAUCCUCCAGCUCCUCCAAAGCCAACAACAUCAACCAGCACUACGGCACCUUGGACGGAGUCCCCCGAUCAUCGCUCAUUGUCCGGACAGAAGACCUCUAUUACUGCCGCCAAAAACCAUGCCGCAUGCCGCACGCCGGGGCCCCAACUGCCUUCAGCUCGGUGUACAAGCUUCGGGACCAUGACAAGGAACACCAUGAUCGAACACCCCCCACAGAGCACUGGGAUUGUAGUGUCGAGGGAUGUGAUCGAAAGGGUGACAAUGGAUUUCCGGGUGACAACAGUUACUACGAGAUGCGCACCCACGAGGUCGAUGUGCACGGGUAUUAUGUCGAUUUUGAGUUGCAGAAACGCCCGGACUGGCCUAAACCAGAUGGUUGGAGGGUCAUGUGA